AUGUUGGGUUCUGUGCUAGACAAUUUCACUUACCGGGAGUGUAAAGGUGCAAGAGGAAGAGGGAAUGCUCAGAAAUAUUUUCUGAUAUUCUUUUCAGAUGAUGUGACCCAAGUGACUCAAGAACCAUUCACAGAAGAUCCAAAUCUGGUAAAUGAUCCCUCUACAGAUGAAACAGUUCUGGCUGAUAUCGAGCCUUCCACAGAUGACCUGGCCUCGCCUAAUGACAAAAAUACCACCACAGAGUGUCGAGAUGAGAAAUUUCCUUGCACAAGACUCUACUCUGUGCAUCGACCAGUCAAGCAGUGUAUUCAUCAGUUAUGCCUCACCAGUUUACGGCGUAUGUACAUCAUCAACAAUGAAAUAUGUUCUCGUCUUGUCUGUAAGGAACAUGAAGCUAUGAAAGAUGAGCUGUGCCGACAGAUGGCUGGCCUGCCCCCAAGACGACUCCGUCGCUCCAACUACUUUCGACUUCCUCCCUGUGAAAAUUUAGAUUUGCAGAGACCCAAUGGUCUGUGA